AUGGACGCCGUUCCAAGACCAAGUUUGGGUCUUAAAGCCGCGGCCCUCCCCACAGUUUUGAUACCGGUAUUGGAUUACCAACAUCAUUCUGAGACGCUACAAGAUAAUCACGAGAGACCUUCGCUGCCAGACCGAAUACCCCCGCGGGUGCCAGACUGCUCUCCUCCGCCUGCUCCUCGCAGCGGCCCCUCUUCGAGACCGUCAAGUUCCUCUAGAAAGCUUCAAAAAGCCGAAUCUCCAGGUCGAUGGAACACUAUCCCACCAGCUGUGUCGCCCAUGGCUCAGCAUCAUGCAGAAGCGGCCCACGGCCGAUCUGUCUCGUCUCCCGUCACUACUCGCCCAAUAUCGCUCACGUUGGAAGGAGCGGCAGAUUCCCCUGGAGGCAAGAUAUCGAAAAGAAGAAGCUGGCUGGCUGGAGGAAGGCGGUCCCGAGCUACAUCCCAAGAAGAUCCCCUCCAGCAUCGGUCCAAUGCCUGGAUAAAUGCAGAGAACCACCAACCCGAGUACAGUCUUUCCCCGUUAGUUAGUGGCGAAAAGGUGCCGGAACUGUGGAAUGAAUCUUCGGACACAUUCAUAUAUUUGUACCCUCAAGCUACCGGCCGAGGCUCAUCAUUCAGGGUCCCUUCCAUGGCACUAGCCUCCUCCGCGGUUCUCUUAAAUUAUCUGCACGGCGACCCCAAGGUGGACCGAGGAAGAAGCUUCGAUGGCGGAGCGAGUCUCUCAGCUGAGCAUGCUAUUCGAAAUAUGCCAAUACGUGGCCUGGGCACGCCGCCAUACACCCCGAAGAGCAGCGUAUCCGAGACGCAGUCGAAUAUAGAUUGUUACGAUGACUUCAUACAAUCCUUCGACGAGACUCCGCACGAGAUGCACCUAUAUUUUCCCACCGGCCUCACGACAGAUGGCACAAACCUUGCUCCUCAGGACGUUCAGACACUCGUGGAUGUCCGAAACCUCUUCGCGUUUUUAAUGGGCCAGCCUCUAGUUGCAACCCGUGGUUGCAACUCCACUUUCCAAAUAUUCCUCUCGGUGGGCUUAAUGCUAUGGAGGUACGGCUUCGCGAACAUUGAUGGGUCAACCUUUGGAGAGUCGGCUACUGCCAGUUUUGAGUUCUAUUUAGACAGCUUGCAAUUGGCCGAUGUCAGAACUAAUCCGGAGAAAACCAUCGAAGCGCUUGUCCUGGGCGAGAGCAUGCGAUCGGCUGACCUAUAUACGGAGGCUUUUACCCAUGCUGUUGGAAACUAUAAUGCCCUGAAGGAGUCAAAGUAUCAAGUCUUUGAGCAAAUCUCCCCUGCCACCCGAGCAAACUUGGAACGCAGUUCUCUCGAGCUCGUUGGGCGACAAGACGCUGCGGACUCUCGCCUGGCUGAUUUUAAUUUCCCAUCGCUUUUUGCAGGUAUCGCUGCUUCAACAUCAAGAGAAGAGUCGAGACAUGUCCGCUUCAAGGCUUGGAAAUCAAAUUUCAUGUCUAUGCGCAAGCACGUUCUCUCGUAUUACAAAAGCUUGCAUGGGCAAUGGCCACCCAAAGCGAGCAGUAAGAAGAACUCAUUUGCCGUGGGCGGCCUCAAUCGGUUGGUGUUGAAGGGGCUCUAUGCGGAUAUGUGUAGUCUCUAUAACCUCAGAGCCGAUCGAUCACUGCUUACCACCAGAUCUUACGAUUCAUCCAAGGAUGGAGAACAGGCAGACGUCGAUCCUACCACCGCGGCAUUACGAACCCUUCUCAGCGAAUUUGAUCGAUCAUCCCCGCCCGUUCAGCCACCAAUCCCGUUCGACGUACCGCUUAUUCCUUCGGUCUCAAGUAUUGACGCAAAGUACCCAUCCAUGUCCCCGAAAGCGCAACUCAAAUUAGCGACACGCAGGCUCAAGCACCAUGAAUCCCAGCUUGUCCUCCUCAAAACGCGCAACGUGGAUGCGGACCACCCCAACCCAUUCCUUGAUAUGUACAAAAUAUUCGAAGACAAGGAGUCACGGGGCAAGAAUGUUCAAGAACUUAGCGAUCAGGUUUAUGGUCAUUGGAUCUUCCUCUACGCUGUCAUACAAUCCCUCCCUCUGCUUGCGGUGGAUGUUCCGGGCCUGCGGUAUACUGAAGGAGUUGAAUAUUUUCUGUGCUCAGCACCGUCGGGUAGUCUACCUUGGGUUGAAGAUGCCCCAAAGACCGCAUGGUAUGGGGUUCAGGGAGGCCAACACGUUGUAUCCCUUCCUAGUCACCUUGUGGAUAAUGGUGUGGAAGCUGUCUAUCGUCGUUCUCAUUGCUGGGCCGUUGCUGAAAAGUGGAUUGGUAACGUCGGUGCAGAUGGGUUUCAAUCUGCAAACUUAAUUCCUGAUCAGGAGCAGCAAUUGUCGCCGCUUGCUCCACCACCCGGCUUCGCUGGUGGCGAGCUGGGAAUGAGACCACAGUCACGGGGCCGAUCUGCUGGUGUGCCUCUUGACCCGGAGUCGCUUUCUGCGCUGGAGAAGAGAAGUCGUAGCAGACAGUCACAACGACUAAGCAUUGCGCUGGGUCUUGAACGUUUGCCUAUCCCAUCUGGGCUCGAGGAUUGGAACCUGGGAAGCAGAGGCACAAGCCCGGUGGUUCCACAUAGUGCGCGUCGCGAUUCGAGCAUGAACAGUGUCGGAACUCCACGGAGUGCGACUUCUAUAAGUGGGACUACGUUCGACCAAAUCUUAGGGAACAUUAGUGCGGAGGACACAAAAGGUAACGGAGUGAAGAAGUGA